AUGCAGGGUGAUGAUCCACCUUACCUUCCAGUGGGAACUGAUGUUAGUGCUAAGUAUAAAGGUGCCUUUUGUGAAGCAAAGGUAAAGAAAGUGGUACGGAACAUUAAGUGCAAGGUAACUCUUAAAGCUGGAGGAAUCGCUACCUUUAAUGACGAUGUAAUAAAAGGAACCUUGAGAGUUGGCAGUUCAGUCGAAAUAAAGCAGGAUCCGAAGAAAGAUCCUAUUGAAGCUGUAAUUACUAAAAUACAAGAUUGUAGCCAGUACACUGUCGUAUUCGACGAUGGCGACAUCACGACAUUACGUAGAUCGGCUUUGUGUCUCAAGAGCGGAAGGCAUUUCAACGAGAGCGAGACCCUGGAUCAACUGCCCCUCACGCAUCCGGAGCACUUUUCCACGCCCGUGAUAGCCGGCAGACGCGGCCGGAGAGGGAGGGCCCAAUCCGAUGAGAGCGAAGGCGAAGGGAGCUCGCUCGGCCAGCGGCGCCGAGCGAAGGCGGCCCCACCAGCCGGCCUUCCCGGCGCUCGUGGUCGCGCCGACCGCUCAGAUCAAGGUCAAGGAGGACUACCUCGUGAGGUCCUUCAAAGACGGCAGAUACUACACCGUGCCGAAGAAAGAGGCGCGCGAGUUCCGCAAGGGGGCGCCCCCCCGGAGUGGAGCGGCGUGGAGGCGGCGCUGCAGUACCUCGACGACGGAGUGCUGCCGCCGCACUGGGACCGCGACUCGCUCUUCGACGAACGCCGGAACUCGUCCGACGACAGCUCGGACGACGAACCUCGCGAGGAGAAGGACCACUUCGUGGCGCAGCUCUACAAGUUCAUGGACGACCGCGGGACUCCGCUCAACCGCAAUCCCACCAUCGCCAACAGAGACAUCGACCUGUACCGACUCUUUCGAGUGGUGCAGAAGGUGGGAGGCUACAAUCGGGUUACCAACCAAAAUCAAUGGAAGACCAUAGCCGACAAAAUGGGCUUUCUCCCUGUCACCCCGAGCAUCACCAACUUGUGUAAGCAAGCGUAUAAGAAGUUCCUCCACAGCUUCGAGGAUUUCUAUCGCAAACUGGGCGUGACUCUCGUGGCGCACCCUCGCGGCGCUCGAACGCCUCCCGCCGGGCGCUCGCUCAUCCGAGACCGCGACAAGCAGCCGCCCGCCGCCGCCUCCGCUUCCGCCGCGCCCGCCACGCCCACGCCCACCGCUUCGUCCGCCGCCUCCACGCCUACCUCCGUCUCGUGCGCCUCCACCCGCGGGAGAGACAAGGACUCGGACAAGAGCGAAACGGAGAAGAGCGAGAAGGAGGAGAAGAUAGAGAAGUCCCGGGCGAGCGACGAGGACGACAGCGCCGACAACCAGCCGCUGGCUCCGCGCUGCGCCACGCCCAAGUCUGAAAAGGAAAAGGAGAAGGAGAAAGACAAGAGUUGGCCCGCGAGCGAAGAGAGAGUCCCCGUCAAGUCUAGAUCCCUCUCGAAGACGAGGAGCCUCCCUCCGGCCAAGAGCGAGUCGCACGAGAAGCGCCUCCCCAAGAGGAGGCCUCUAUCCUCGAAGCUGAACGAAGGCGGCGGCUCCAUCUCCCGAGGCUCGCGAAGACCUCACGUCUCCACCGACAGCGACAGCUCCGGCCGGGCUUCGAGGUGCGGGCUCGGGAAGAAGACGCCGGGUCGGCGGAGUCAGAGCGCCAACUCGGCGAGCAGCGGCAACACCGUGGCCUCCGACGGCGGCAAACGGCCGCGCAAGAGGAAGUCCACCGAGCCGUCCGCGAGGGAACCGGUCGGGAGAUCGGGGAGUUCGAACGUCAAGGCGCAAGUGGGCGACAGGCUCAAAGUGUACUACGGCCCCGCCCAGUCGGAAUCCAAGGUGACCUACGAGGCGAAGGUGAUCGAGGUGUCCCGCGGCGGACUCCUGCGGGUGCACUACACGGGCUGGAACACGCGCUACGACGAGUGGAUCAAGCCCCAACGCAUCGCGCUCAACGUCUCGCGGCUCGAGGCCGAGAAGGGGACGAGCGUCGGCAGGCGAGCGAGGAGCAAGCGACCGGAAGGACACGCGGCGGAGGUUUCGGGCAAAGCCGGGCGGUCGGACAGCGACAGCGACUCGGACACGGACGCCGACUCGAAGGGGCCGCCGAAGAAGCCGGACGGCAAAACCAGCCCCAAGACUCCGACGCAAUCGAAGGAGGCCAAGGCCGGCGGCGACGGCUCCGGUAAGCCCCGGAAGAGGCCCGGCCGAGCGGUGUCCACUCCGUCGGCCUCCUCCCCGCCCAAGAGGUCGCGCCUCGACGCGCCUCAUUCGAGCCAGGGACGCCAAGGCAGAGAUUACGACCUCAACGAGAUACGUUCCGAACUCAAAGGUCUUCAGACCGUGAAACAGGAGCCGGAGGAGGCGAUCGACGGCGAACCCGUCCCGGCAGACCCGUCGGAUGCGGAUCCCGCCGCGGCGCCGACGCCCUCCGCCGAGGGGACCCGGUCGGACGGGCAGACAGAAGAUGUCUACGAGUUUAAAGAGCCCGAGCCGUUCGAACUCGAGCUGCACGAUGAGAAGAAAAAGAGAACGCAUCGAAUCUUCGACGACAUUUCGCCCACAAAGUACGCCUCGACACUGUCCAAAUCCCUCAGCGAAGAGAUAUCCGAAGAUCCCUCGAGACCGAGGCCGGCCUUCGGCUCGCCUUCGCCUUCGUCGUUUGGAGAGUUCGCCCCCUCUCGCGACGCCCCGGAGCGGCGGAGCCCCGAGGGUGACUCCAAAGACGGCUCGUUCUCCCUGGACGACGACUCUCUUCCCGGCGAAGGAAGUUCGGGGCCCGUUUUCGAAGGGUUCACUCCCGCUAAGAACCAAGAGACGUAUUCCAAGAAAAAUAAAGUUCCUAAAAUGCGAGAAAUGGUAGACGACUCUCCGGAGAGUCCGGCCGAUGACGAACGGUCGUCGGACGACGAGCGCGAGGUCACCGUCAAGGAAGAGGAGUGUUCGCCCGGCCCGACGAUCGCGACGCCCGUCAUCAAGAAAAUGGCCGAACCCAUCGAGGAAGAAUCCGGCGAGGGAGAGCCCGAGCGAAGCGAGGAGGUCAAGGAUGCCAUCACCCUUCUGGAGGAAUUGCCGCCUCUCGAGUCUAUUCCGAUGCCUCCCGACACUCCGCCCCCGCAGAGCGAGAUCCAAAUCGCCGGAGCCUCGCCGAACGACGUCGAAGCGACUGAAGAUACGAAAGAUGAGAAAAUAACAGCGGAAGAAGUAAACCUUUCGUCUAUUCCGCUUCCCGAGGCCGAACCGAAAACACCCCCCAGGCUAAAGAUAGAGAAACUCGACCCCGACCCCGCGCCGGCCGAGCUCGACGCUCCUUUGAGCCCGAUCGACACCGAGGAAGACAAAUCGGAACCCGAUAGUCCCGCGCGGAUCGACGUCCUACCGGAACCUCCUCCCGGAUUCCUGUUGCAAUCCGAGGGACCCAAAAUCGCCGAGAAGUUACUCAAAGCCAUCAACAGCGCCAAGCGCCUGUCCACGUCUCCGCCUCCGGCGGAGGCCCGACCCGCCAGUCCCGAGAGGGACGGUCCCUCCGUCAAAAGGUUAGACGGAGACGAGUCGCCCGUUCUCGCCGAGCCGAGGCCACUCGCCCACAAACUCGAAACGCUCAAGCCCCCGGCCAGACUCGAGGUCGCCAAGAGAUCGAGUCCCGCGGAAAUGAAAGACUCCAUAUUCGGCGAGCCGGCCGACGCGUCGGACGCGAGACGUGAAGCUGCGGAUAUCAAAAAGGUGAAGCCCAAAGAAUCGCCGCUCUCGCUGCCCUCGAUUCCCUCGCUUCCCUCGCUGCAGAAUCCCCCGAGCGCGCUCGAGAGGCGGAAGAGCGCGGCCGAUUUGCCGCUCGGCCCGGGGAAGAACAACAAGGUGCUGAGCGACACGAUCCAAAAACUAUCCAGUCAAAUCAACCAAUCGGCGUCGACGGUCGCUCCGCCCCCGCAGCCCUUCCGGCCCGAAGACGACGGAAGCGACUCCUCGGAUUCGGACGACUCCGACAGAAGGUUGAUCAUCGACAGGGCGGCCGACGAGCGGGCCGGGCCCCACGCCGGCAAGUCGGCGGGCGAGUGGAGCGCCGGCCAGACGCUGCUCAUGCUGGAGGACGCCUGCAAGAACCAGCGCAAGCACGGCGCCAACGUGGUGGUGGCCGGCGGCGGCCGCGGCGCGGCGCCGGAGGACGACGGCAGCCUGUCCCUGCUGCUGUGCGAGGAGACCAUCCCGGGCUCGCCGGCACCCGACGCCGAGCCGGCGCCCUCGCGAACCCCCGCGCCGCACACGCCCUUCGCCUGCGCGCCGCAGCACCAUCACCGGGACGCCCCCGGGGGCCCGGGCGUCUUCGCCGGGGCCGCUCGCGUCGCGUCGGGAGACCGGCGGCGCGACUCCGGAGACGCGCGGCAGGCCGAGGUCGACGCCGCUCGAGACGAAGACCGAGGUGACGCGUGGCCGAGGAGGCACGCCCUGAUCGACAACACUCCGCCCACCACGCCCGACAGCAGUCUGGAUCUGUCGCCGCCCAGAGAGCGUCGCACGUCGGAGCGAGACAGCCCCGCGGAGCGCAAAGACGAGGACGAGGAGGGCCGAGCGCCGCCCGACGGAGACAGACCGACCGCGAGCGGACGGGCGCGGCUGACGUCGGAGAGCUCGAGCGGCGGACGCGGCAGGGGCCGGCGCCCCCGGAGAGACACGGACGACCACCACCCGCUCAAGUACAACUUCUACGUGGAUCUCGAUCCCGCCUGGGACUCCCGGUCGCGCAUCAAGCUGCUGACGACGAGGAUGUCGGAUCUCCGCAAGGCGUACCACUCCGUCAAGGCCGAGUUGGCGGCCAUCGAUCGCAGGAGAAAAAAGUUGAGACGCAAAGAGAGAGAGGCCGUGAAAGCCGCCAAGGCGGCGUGCUCGUGA